AUGCCGACUCUGCUCGUCUCACUUCUACACCCGACCAUGGUUCGACAGCCUCGAUUAGUCCGGUAUAUUCUUCAUGUUCGUAUGGAUCGUAGUCCUGGGCAUUAUAAUCUACAGCUUUAUCCAACCUUGCUUGCGUCGCAACGCGUCAGAUGCCAACCACACCCUCCCUCGUAUCCUGGCAAUAGGCGAGGCAGGUCAGGAGGGUUCCCGGGCUCUUACUCCACUAGCCCACCCCCACCAUAUACCAAAGAUGCCGGUUCAGGUAACGGCUCGCAGCGGCAGCCAGGGUUCUGGACUAGUGCUGCUGCUGGGGGCGCUGGGAAACCAUCUAUUGAAUCGUCCGUCGGAGUCUCUGGAGUAUGACAGGGAGCGGGAGAGGCGCCUGCCGGGUAGUAUCUCAAGGAGGAGACUUGUGCCUGGGUGUGAUAGAGGAGAAGGAUCAUCUGAUUUGGAUGCGAUGAGGACUAAUACAGGGUAUGGUGGUUCGAGUAGUAGGUGACAAAAGGCAAUGUUCACACUGUACAGAUUAAUUCGUACUAAGAAACUUACAAUAUAAUUUGUGAAAAUUAAUUGCUGUACAAGAAUAUCAAUACCUUACUGUUCAACGUUCAAACGUUCACUUGUUGAGGAUGUAGAGAGAAGGAAGACGAGGGACUAC